AACGUGAAAGUGCUGCUACGAUGUGUCAGUGCACAGCCGAGCCGGACCCACGCUGUGAGCGGCUCUAGCAGCGGGUGAAGGGGCCCGUGAGGUGACACAUGACGGUCCCCACGCGCUGCCCUGGCCCACCGGCCGGGCCCCGGGCAGGCUUCGCAGCGCACCUGCCGCGGAGGGCACGGGCUGCCCGCCCUCCCCCGCCGGCCUCAGGUGACACCAGCCCCGGCGGCUCCCCGGGCCGCCGCGGAGCUUCCUGGUUCCCAGAAGGUGCCGGAGCGGCUGCAACAGGAACUGAGAGACAGGGGAGGAGGCGGUGCCGCGCUCCGCCGCAGUCGCGGCCCGAGCCGGGGGAGCGGAGCGGAGCAGCCAUGGGCCGCCGCCCGCCGCGGCGCUGAGCCGCCCCCGCCGCCCAGCGCUCCGCGGCCGGCGCUGCCCCUUCGCCCCUGCCGGGCGGGGCGCUUGUCCCUGGGGGCGCCGGGGCCGCCGCCGGGGCCCGCGAUGUGACCAUGGACAGCAGGUUCAAGGAAAAUCCAGAACGUACCUUUGAUUUGGUACUGAAAGUAAAAUGCCAAGCUUCAGAAAACGAAGAUCCAGUGGUACUGUGGAAGUUCCCGGAGGACUUUGGAGACCAGGAAGUGCUGAACAGCGUUCCAAAGUUCUGCUUUCCUUUUGACGUUGAAAGGGUGUCCCAAAACCAAGUAGGACAGCAUUUCACCUUUGUGCUCACUGACAUUGAAAGUAAGCAAAGGUUUGGAUUCUGCCGUUUGACGUCAGGAGGCAAGGUCUGCCUCUGUAUUCUAAGUUACCUACCAUGGUUUGAGGUAUACUACAAGCUCCUAAAUACCCUGGCAGAUUAUUUGGCUAAAGAACAGGAAAAUGACUCAAAUGAUUUGUUGAAAUCAUUGUAUAGCCAUCCUGUGCCAAAGGCGAAUGCUUUAGUCAGUUUAAGUGUGAACCAAGAGAUGAUUUUUGCAAGUGAGCAAGUUUUGAAAAAACAGCCUUGUCUUGUAUCGCACUCGUAUUUCAUUACUCCUGAUAUAACUGGAUUGCCAACUAUCCCUGAAAGUAGAAACCUCACUGAAUAUUUUGUUGCUGUGGAUGUGAACAACAUGCUGCAACUUUAUGCCAGUAUGUUGCAUGAGAGACGAAUCAUUAUUACCUCCAGCAAACUAAGCACUUUAACUGCUUGUGUUCAUGCGUCAGCUGCAUUGUUAUAUCCAAUGUAUUGGCAACAUAUUUACAUCCCAGUGCUUCCUCCACAUCUUCUGGACUACUGCUGUGCACCGAUGCCUUAUCUAAUUGGUGUCCAUUUAAGCUUGAUAGAGAGAGUAAAAAAUAGAUCACUGGAGGAUGUGGUUUUGCUAAAUGUUGACACAAACACUCUAGAAACCCCUUUUAAUGACCUGAACAACCUACCUGGUGAAGUGGUCUCGGCCUUGAAAAAUAAACUGAAAAAGCAGUCGACAGCUACGGGCGACGGAGUGGCCAGGGCCUUCCUUCGGGCACAGGCGGCACUCUUCGGAUCCUACAGAGAUGCACUGAGAUACAAACCAGGAGAGCCUAUAACUUUCUGUGAGAGUAGUUUUGUGAAACAUCGUUCCAGUACAACUAAGCAGUUCCUGGAAACAGCUGUUAAUCUUCAACUGUUUAAACAGUUUAUUGAUGGUCGGCUAUCAAAAUUAAAUGCAGGAAGAGGAUUCUCUGAUGUUUUUGAAGAAGAAAUCACAGCAGGAGGCUUUUGUGGAGGAAAUUCAAGAUCUUAUCAGCAGUGGAUGCAUACAGUGAAGAAAGGCGGUGCACUGAUCAACACAGCAAUGACCAAAGCCACUCCGGCUGUGAAAACAGCAUAUAAAUUUGCAAAAAACCAGGCGAGGCAAGGAAUAAAAGAAGUGAAGAGUAAGUUAAAACACAAGGAGAACGAGGAAGAGUGUGGAACAUGUAGUGCUGGUGCAGUACAGACUGUUCCUGUCUACACAUCGCAUCCUGACAAAAGAACAAGCUCAGAAAAACGAAGACUGGCACAGACUCGUUUCAACCAACGCCUCAGUAACCAGGAUUUUGCCUUGGAUGAAGAUGAUGAUGAUGAAAUUGAGAGAACAAGCAAGUUAUCAUCAGAAGACAGUGAAGAAGCUUCUGCUUACUUUUAUGAUAGUGAUGGUUCUGGUGAAACUGGAAUAACUCAGCAUCAAGGAGAAAUGGACUUGCUUGGAGAGAUUCUGGACACGCUGAGCACACACAGUUCAGAUCAAGGAAAACUCUCAGGAGCAAAGAGCCUGGAUUUCUUCAGAUCAAUGGAUGACAUUGAUUACAAGACUGAGAACAAGUCAAAUGCACCUAGUGAGAGCAACCUUACCCUGCUCUGCAGCAGUGCUAAUGACCAGGCAGAGUGGAACCUCGGCCAGGAUGACAGUGUCCUCCAUGGGAAGCAGCUCCCUCCAUCGCCAAGGAAGCAAGUUUCUUCUGGUGGCCAGAGAGAAUCUCUGUCAAGGAUGGAAGAAGGAAAGAGUGGCAAAACCUUUACUACUGACAAGAUGGACACCGCUAGUUUGACAUCCCUGUCUCCAGUACGACCAAGUACCCAGUUUACUUCCCUAGAAAGUUUCAGAGCAGGCUUUUCUUCCUGUCAGUAUGCAAAGCCUAAUGAAACACUAAGCAAUACCUCAGAAGAUCAGCUCCCAGCAGGUCUUGCUCAACAGCCAUCCAUUCUGGUCCCUUGGGAGAAAGGUGGGAAGGAAGGAGAUGAAACUCCAGAAGAAGGUGGACUUCUUCAAGAAGUGGUGUCAUUAUGUAAACUGAAUUCUGCUUUUCACUAUGGUUUAAAUAUUUCAAAGGAUAGCUUAUCCAGCAGUAGCAGUGGAAAUAAGACGUAAGAAAAGUAUGAAAAGAGAAACUUGACUCCCCUCAGAUGUUAAAGGGAGACUACUCAGGACUCCAUGUAACUCCAUAUAAGAUGAUAACCAAAAAAAUGAAAAGGAAUAAGAGAUCUUCAGUUAUAAAAAUAAUUCUCUUCAGUUGAGUAUGCAUUUUCUGCCAUUGGACAUCCGCUUCUAUGUUUACUCCGUUCAUUUGUUGGCUGUAGUUAGGUCCACAAAAUGGAACUAAAUAUAUGAAUGCACUCUCAAAUCAGGUACUAGUUAGUCUCUAUGUUAAAAAUACAGCAAGUGUAUGGUGCUUCCUAGCAUUUGCUUCCUCUAAGCAGCAAGGGUGUCACCUAAAGGUAGCCAGGUUUUGAAGGUACUAUGUUAAUCCCAUUAGCAUGAAAUGAACCAGGCAAUCUGAUUUGUCUGAAAUGUACAAAUGUUACUAUUUGUAAUGAAUAAUAAUUGCCUUAAUCUUUUGAGAAGGGGUUUAACUGUCUUAGAAGAUGAAUGCAAAUCUACAAAACAGCAAUAAUGAUUUUCCAUGGCAGGAAUUUGCUUCAGCAAAGGUGGGGAGAGGAAAGGAGACUUUUUAUAGAUUAAGGAAUUUCUUGUGACUAUAACUUGGAACUUACUCCAAACUAAAACUGUGGCUCUGUCUUCCAGACUUCAAAAAGGUAGCACGUGUUUUUCUCUCUUCUAUAAAAUACAUGAAGUGCUGAAUUAUAAUGUGACAUUUAUUGACUUCUGUUUACAACUAAGACACUUUAAAGACACAUUAUCAGUUUCUCUAGGUAGACUAAUUCACCUAAAAAUUCUCAGAAAGGAAAGUGUAAGUGGAAUUGAUAGAUUUUUAUUAUUUUUUUUAUUUUCUGCAGUUUAAUAGUUGGAAAACUAAUUUGUGCCUGAUUUGUAACACUAGAAAGCUAAAUUUAUAGAUUCAGUUUGAGACUGCAUAUAUCCAACUCUUAGUUUAGCCAAGUUGGACAACCAAAACUCCCUUCUAAAUUCAGCGAAGAAGAAUAAAUGGUCCUGAUGUAUAAUCUAUUUAGAACAAGAAUUUAGCCUCCUUCUGGCAGUGUUCCUGACGAAUAUUUGGAUAUUUUAAAGUCUGAACAUUUUUGAUGCUCUAUGGUGCAGCUCUUUAAUUUUUAAGAUUUUCUUCAUCUUUUCUUUUUCCACCUCACCAUACAUACCUUGUCUCCCCAAUAGCUUAGGACAGAAGAGACAGUUUAUCAGUUUCAGCAGAUUGGAAUUGUCAGCUUUUAGGGACAUUGGUGGUAAAGUUGGUAGCAAUAGCACAUAGGUAUAAAAGGAACUCUGCCUGAGAAGAAGGUUCUGCUGCUCUUCGAAGUCAUGGAACCAUUUUUCUUUCCCUCUUUGUCAUGAAUGAUUUCUGUUCAUCUCAGGCUAGGACUGAGUGAGCACGUUCCUGUGGUUGGUGUUUGGGUCAGAUUGUGCUUUAGUACCUUAAUAGUAGUUUGUAGCAGAGUUUCAUAUCAGUUGCCUCGCUGAGAUUUAUUAGUUCAUUUUCCUUCUAGCUGACACAAAUGGAAAGGGGUUUUUUGGCUGCUUUCUUACAAGGUAGCUGACCUGGGAAUUGCUCCAUGUCAUGCCAGAGGCACUGUUUGGAACCUCACCAGAGAGGCUCAGUAGAGUGAGACCUGGGGUUAGAGCAAAUUUCAUCUUGCUCCAGAAUGAGAAGGGCUGGGCCAGUACUUGCCACUGAGGAUGAGCCUCAGAAUUAAUUCUUAAUCAGUGCAACGAAGCUAAAACAUAGUAAAAGUUUAAAUCUUGCAGAAGUAUCUGUGUCUGAUCAAGCAUGAACAUUUUGGAGGGCAUCUGCAUUGCUGGAGAAUCUCAGUGUUCCAGAGUUAGCAGUUGUACAUCCAGAAGUCUGUACUCCAAACUAUUUGUUUAUCCUUUGGUUUCCUCUUGUGCAUCAACAUGAUAUGUUGUGAACUUUUGUAAUAACAAAAAAUGUUACUUGGCAAAAUGUUUUGCACUAUUGGAAAUCAAAAAUAUCAUAAAAAUAAUUAAAAUCUUCACUCUUAGUGUUGCAAGUGGGUCAGGCCAAGUGGCUCAUGUGCUCUUCAGAUGAAAAAGCUCCAGAGCAACCUGAUAGUUCCUUGUUUAAAGCUGGCAUUAAUGACUUGAGGGCAUUCUUCUUCCUUGCUGGUACUAAACAUUGCCCAAGCAUAGUGCUGCAAUAGGCAAUACACAGGUUUUUGUUCUUGUAGCACUUCUCACUCCUUCUCAUUCAUCUCCUUGCAUUUUGUAAUGAGAAUUUCAAGGCUCAACUUUUCCUUUCCUCUGCACCUCACAUGAUGUUUCUAUCCAUGGUUCAAUCUAAGUUGCUUUGUUUCCUUCAUUUAUUAAAGUUAGUAAAUAUUAUCAAUGUUUUAGGGAGGAAAAUAGAAAAAAACCCAGAAAUUACGGCCAUUGUUACUUUCAAAACCAUCAAACACCUAAGUCCAGGAAUGCUGCCAGAAAAUGGUUUUCAAAAAUUACUGUCUAAUACAGGCACAUCCUAGUAGCUUUACAUGAGGGUUAGAUACUGAACAAAUAAUCACAUAGGUUGUUCCAUUCUCAGCUUUGUGGAAUAAAUAUGGAAGCCAUGUGAGACUGCCAGUAUUCUUAAGUUUUUAUAAGGAUCAUAAAAUUGAAAGUUUGAUAGUGGAAUCUUUCAAAAUUGAAGCAUUGUAGUAAUAAUUCACUGCUUCAUGGAGUAAAAAUGCAGGCUGAAAAGAAGUAAACAGAUUAAAUAGAAGAUGGUAACAUUCAAUUUAGAAUUAUUUUAAUUUCAGUCAAAAUGUUUCUGUGCUUAUGCUGCAUUGUUUUCUUACUAUUUACAAAACUCAUAGUUUGUUUACAAUCAUUAAAUAAUACGUCUUUUUUGGUUUUGAACCUUGUAGGGGUUCAGAAAUAGCUUGGUCUUAUAUAUAUGUUGAUUUUAACUGUAGGUACAUUUUUUACUCUGUAAUAUACAGGAUCUUUUCCACUUACUAUCAGUGAUCUUUUAAAAAGGCUAAUAUUUGUGCCUUAUUUGAAUAGAAUUGCCAAUUACCAAAUAGAUAAGAGUCCAAACUGAUAUUUCUGGUUCAACACUCUUGUUCUCUGUCCUUGUGAUAAUAUAAAAUUGUUUAUUGGCUACAUAUGCAGUAUUUUUAGUACCACAGUGGGUUCUAUAUUAAGAUAAAUUUUCCAGGUCCAGCAAGUUUUAUACUUGGAUGCUUUUUAGUUAUGGAAAUCCUUCUAGUGUCUUUGAAAAUCAUCAACAUUGAUCACCAGCUUCUGGUGAGAACUGAAUUCUGCUCAGUCAGAGCUCCUGUGGUCUUCUUCAGAGGCAUGUCUUUUCUUCAGGAUCUCAAAAAUCUUCCUGUUUAAGGGAGAUACCAGGUUAUUUGAUUAAGCUUUGUGGUCUGUUACUUACACAUAGGAACAAAUUUCUGAUGUAGAAAGUCAAACCAGGACUUGAGAUUAAUAUUUUUGAGUUUAUUUUGCAUAGAUUUCUGCCUAAAAUGAGCCGUAUCACUCAUCUGGUUUGGGAGGAAAAAGUAAGGGCAGUGGAAAGACAAAAGGAUUCCUGGGUUGUUCCAGUGCAGUGUGGUGAAGCAGAGCCUGGAAGUCCACAGGAGAGAUAGUAACUUUGAAGAAUUCCAGAUUUCAGUUCUAGCUCAGUUACAGUGGUUCCAGCUCAGUCGUGUAGGUAAAAGUAAUAUUGCCUGUGGAGCUAACUCCCUGUGGGAUUUGCAGAAUGGGUAAUAUGCUGUCCCAGUCAAAGCCUUCCCAUUCACGUGUGUAGAGAUGGAACGAGGAAAGCUGCAGAUAUCAGGGAAGGGCUGUGGAUGCAGAGGUGAUCCCUACCCACCCUCUAUGCAUGCAGAGGGCAGUCUGUGUAGAAUAGGCAGUGGUUUGCUCUUCCAUCUCACAUUUUUGGGCAUCAUGUAGUUCUGAAAAAUAGACUUGUUCUGAAGAAAAAGUGUAGUUGUAGAAGUCGUCAUAGAAGUUGUUGACUGAACCCUUCCUUGUCAUUUAGCAUUUCAGUGGUGCUGCUGCUGUUGGGGUGGGAUCAUCAGAAACUCUCAGCACUGGCUGAAGUCCCCUCUCAGGCAUUGUAACACAGACUUCAGGCAGAGUUUUAGACAAGUGCUGGGUGCUUCUGAAAAUCCCACCCAAUCUAUUAGAAGAGUGUUUUAGACCUUAAAAUUCUGUUUUAGAUGUCUUCUCAGGUUUUAGGAUGAGCUAGUUUACAAUCUCGUGUUCUUGUAACCAAUGUAAAGUCUAGGCAAAAGAACAGUUAACCCAGGUGUUUAAAACAGCUUCUCCUUAUCCACCUGCAGUCAAUGAUACUCAGUUCUACAGAACAAAGUUUUGUUGGUGCAGCUGUCUAAUAGAAUUGCUAUGAGCAUCUAAAAUACUUUCUCUAUGCAUGUAAAUAAUCAAAGAAACAUUUCAUGGCAAUAAUCAAAUGCCAGCAUGAGGCCCUUUUGCAAAUGCCCCCUGUGUAAUCCUGACCGUACCCUGUCCUGCAGGAAGAACCCCUAACCAUGGACCUCCCUGACUCCUCAGGGAGAGCUCAAGAGGAGCUUUAUUUCCAAGGAGUUAGCAUCUCCUUCCUUGGCACCAGCCUUUAGUCCAGGUGCUGUGAGACUCUAGCCAGUGUAUUCCCAACAGCCUGGAAUUUCAGCCUAAACAAAUGUGGCUAAUAAACAGCUUCCAUUUUGCAAAGCUCAGGAUGGUGAAGGCUGUCUGUUCCCAUGGUAUUGCAGUAAAUCUUUGAAGAAUGAAUGUAGAAAUAACUGCACCAGCAAAACCAGUAUGAAUGGUGAUGUGACUUGUCUUCAGUAACUCUGCUGCUAUUAGGCAUGUCUGUCUCUGCCGGGUGUUGUGUGCUUGUUAGCAGAAUCAGAGCUGAGCAGAACGUGUCCUCAUCUUCACCCCAGGAGCAUGGACCACAGCUGGCCUAGAAUUCAUGUUCCUCAGGGUGUUGAAAAUAAAGGAAUGGAAAGGGAUGAUAUGGUUUGUUUGUGCAAAACCUCCCUUGAUCAGUUUUGCAAUAUCUGUUCCACAGUAUCAGUCAGUGGCCAGUUGAAAGUACUUGACAGGUCUUUCUGAAAGCUGCUUCACUUAUUCCUGUAGAGUUUCCUGGUGAGUCCACAGCCACCUCAGUCUAGAGGGACAUCCACAACCCACGUAGCUGGCAGGGCCAUUGCCAUCCUCUGCUGGGUUGGGGUAUGAAGCAAGUAACACAGUUGGAAGUUACUCCAAGGUGUACUGUAGUAAAGGGUACUCAAUUAAAUUGUAUUAUUACUUAGCUCAAUACUAACAACACUUGUAUUUAGAAUCCAGUAACAGUAUUAGCAUUUGGAAAAUAGGUUGAGUUCAAGUACGUUGACAUUUUUUAUGAUUCUGUGUGAAUUAACAUUCUUUCUGUUAAAAAUAAGGGAGCAACUUGGUUGGAAGGGGGAAAUGUGUUGACUGUCAAAUCUUCAGUGAAUUUUGUGCAAUAUUACCCCUUGUUUCAAAGUAAUUUAGUAGUGCACAUCUGCUUUCAAGCAGACCCAUGAAAUUGUAUUUUUUAGAAAUGUGUAAAAUUACAUGUAACUUUGAAAUGCAGUUGUAUGAUAAAAACAUGAAGAAAUCUAUUCUAAUGAGGCAAAUGUAUAUUUCUAGUGACUGGGAGUGAUUAUGGAUGUCACAUUCUGUAAAAAUAAUAAGGCCUAAGCCAAUGUUCCCAUACCAGUAGUUCCAGGUAACUCUUAAAAGUAAAACCUGAUUAAAUUGAAAUAAGGAUAAUUAUUAGAAUUUAUGAUAUUUAUUUUAUGCUUUGAUCACUUGUUAAUAAUGGGUAAAAAGCUGAGGUGUUAAGCACUGCUUUUCAGGACCAGCAAUUACUACAAGAAUUUAGUUUGUGACAUCCAUAAUUAUCAUAAGUCAUUACUUAAAACAUCUACUAAUGUUGCCAGUAUCCUUUUAAGUUUUUGUAAAUUAAUUUCUUUGUAUAUUGAUGUACAUUUUCUUUUAACCUUUGAUUUUUCCUUGAGACCUUCUUUAAAUUAAUAUACUUGAAUGAGGCAAUAAAGCACUGUGGAAGAGCUAAUCUUGGUGCAGCUUGCACAUAAGCACAUCACAUCUGUUACUUCAUGAUUUUUGAGGAGGAAGAGCAGUUUAAAAUGCUUAGAUGUUUGGCAAACUGUCAGUUUGUGUUUGUUAAUUUUAAAUCUGUGCCAGAUAUGAUGAGAAAUGCCUCGACAUGGAACAAGAAACAUCAUGUAUCUUGAUGCUUCUAAUUUUUUUUUAUGACAUUUUUUGGUGACCCUUGAAAACCAUUCCCAAUAAUGUCCCUUAUUGUGAGCCUUUAAUACUUUAAAGAGAGGCAUAAAGUACAGGAUACAUUGACAUUUUAUUGAUAAUUUUGAGAUUAAAAAACUCACACACCAAACAACCAGCAUUGUCCUUACAGCUUUGAAAAUUUAGUUAGUUACUGACCUGUUAACAAAAUUAGAGCCAAAUUUACUCCAUACUUUUGCACCUUCUGGACUACUGUUCAAAGUCAUCUUGAGAACUGUAAUUCUGACCUUAGACUACUGUUAGUAGUGCACUGUCUAGAUGUAUUAAGUGAGCUGUGAUGUGUGGUGUGGUUUGUUUUUUCUUUUUCCUUCCAAAGUUUGUGGCAUCAGUAGAAGUUUUUGGUGAAUUCCACGUGACCAUAAAGUGCCCAACACUGUACUAUAAAAUAAAAUUUAACAAUAUCCAAA